AUGAAACGUAUCGAAAAGGGACCUGUCCGUGGAAUUUCUAUCAAAUUGCAAGAAGAAGAGCGUGAGCGUCGUGAUAAUUGGGUUCCUGAAGUUUCCUAUCUUGAUGCUUCUCAACACCCAACUAUUAGUGUUGAUCAAGAGACUAAGGAAAUGGUUGAUUAUUUGUCAGUUAGUUUUUUGGGGAGAAUUUUCUAUCUCAAGAUGUGUUAGGGUGAGGAUAACUAUUUUUUGCUUCUUUUUUGUUUAAAAAAUUGUCCUGUUCAUUUGCUCUACUUUGAGUCGUCAAAGUCAACUCAAUUUGCCUGUUGACGUGAAGG